AUGAUGCGCAACGCCGGUGGAGGCAGACGAGACGGACUGCGACGGGGCGGUUUGUUCCACGUGAACAAUCGACACCGACGACGAUCCUUUGGAUUUUUAGGCUUGGAUUUACCUCGGUGUAUUCUGCUUCUCGCGGCGGCACUGUGCGUUAUAGGCGGCGCCAUUAACGUACACUCUAUGAAUGCGCAUCACGACGCGCACGUGAAAGCUUCAGCGAGUUCUUCAACGCAUGCGCACGGUACUGGUGGUGUUGGAGCUAGUAAAUCCUCUUUUUCUUCCUCCUCGGCACCGAAAGUAACAACAACGAAAAAAGCCGCCGAGGAGGAGAACGAAGACAUCGACGAUUUGGACGACAUCGAAGACACAGAAAUGGAUGACGACGACGUAAACGACAUUAACGGCGAUGUGGAAGUUCCUAAAUCUGCAAGCCCAAAAAUAGAACCGAAAAUGAUUCCCAGAGUUGAACGACCGGCGAGUUUCGGAUCGGAUAAGUUGCGCGAAGCGGAGAAACGACAUCAAGAACUCGAGAAGCAAUUCGAAGACUUGGACGAAAGAGACGAACGUUUGAAAGGAACGCUCGAGUUCAAUCGAGCUGAAGCUGGAUUUAAAGAAAACGACGAGGACGAAGACGACGAAAGCGCGAUCGAUGAAAACAGAAAAGUUGAAAAUGGGAAGACGUACGAGAACGUCGGCGGCAUGUGGGUCGAAGUAGACACUGGAAACGAAGAGGUUAUCAAAAUCGCGGAAAAAAACAUGGGAAGAGUAGAUGGAGCGAAAAGUGCGGUGAAGAUGAAAGAUUCCGAAUACAUGAAACUCGCUCGCGAAGCUGCUCGCGACAAAGAGAAAUUCAAAGAUCCGGAAACGAAACGCUUACUUAGGAGAUUUGGUUUGGAUACGCACAGUCAACAAAGUUUAACCGAAUCAAUGAAGAAGAAAGCGCAAGAGAAAAUAUUAGCCAUCGACAAAGCGAAAAGGGAGGAAGCUGCGCAAGGGGCAAUGACGAAACCGCUGGUCCCGCAUCCGGCGCUUUUAGUGCCAAUGACGCGCUCGCGCGGCAUCGCCGGUUGCGGCGUUUGCACAAAUGCAACCGGCGGACAUUUCGCGAAAGGUGUUGGAUGUACUAUUAACGGAGGCGCGUAUAACAUUGCUUGGAACGAAAACGACGGUCAUCCUACUGUGAAUGGAGGCUUGAAUAACAGAGCGAAAGGCGCGUACGCGACUAUAAACGGUGGUUACGACAACGAAGGCGCAAAAGAUGAUUCCACCGUCAACGGCGGCGGUCAAAAUCGCGCCUUUGAAGUUGCAUCUACGGUGAACGGAGGUGAAUUGAACAUGGCUUUAAAAGCAGGCUCGGUCGCAAAUGGUGGUGCGAAUAAUGUUGCCGGGGGUGUUGAUUCCGUCGUAAACGGAGGUGUGUUUAACAAAGCAAUUGGGGACGGAUCCUGCGUCGGCGGCGGCGAGUACAACAAUGCGAACGGGGUACACUCGUCCGUCUUGGGUGGUGCGUUAAACUCCGUUUCAUAUGAUCACGGUGCAAUUGUUGGUGGAUUGGCAAACUCUGCGACGUCGAAUUUUACCGUGAUAGUAGGAGGAGGCUAUAACAAGGUGGAGGAGACGUACGGCGUAAUCGUUGGAGGCUACAACAAUACCGUCAAGGCGAGCGACGCAACAAUUGUAGGUGGCUCCAAUAACGAAGCAUCGGGUGGUGGAUCGCACGUUGCGGGUGGUGAAAACAACAAGGCGAGCGGUCAAUUUUCUUCCGUUUUAUCGGGACGGUUGUCCAGCGCUUUGCACAAAGGUUCGGUAGUAUUUGGCGACGCGUCGCUCAGCUCAGCGCGGAGCACGAAUGCAAAUCAAGUAGUAAUGCAACACGACGAUGUUCGUAAAACAGGUGGUGGUAUGUUUGUAUUUGACGAGAAAGUUGUACAGGACCGGAAACGCUCCUUGUAUACGAAAGGUACAGAAGUAAUACGUAACAUCGCGCCGAAAUCUUACGUCAGCGCGGACGGAUCGAGGACUCUGUUUGGGAUAGCGGCGAGCGACGUGGAAAAAAUUGCACCAGAAAUGCUCGUGAAGAACGCGGACGGCUCUCACGCGACGGAUCCAACGGCUUUAGUUUACAUGCUCGUGAACGCAUUAAAAGAGCAGGACAAUAGAAUUAAAGCUUUAGAGGCAAAGGCGGGAAUAAAGUCAUCUUGA